GUGAAGAAGACCCGAAGAGUCCUCGGCGGAGACCAACACGGACGAUGUGCGAUGCGCGUCAGCUCUUCCAUGAAAGAGGAACCACGCGGAAGGAGAGAUGGACAUCUUUACCGGACUUCCAUCCGUCAAACGUCCACACAUUACCGUGUUAGAACCGGCACUGGUCCUGCUCCUGCUCCUGGUUCUGACCCAACUCGGCGCUGCUUUUAACUUAGACGCCCGCGACAGCCUCGUUUUUACCGGGCCGCCGGGGAGUUAUUUCGGCUACUCGGUGGAGUUCUUCGCUAACUCUUCGAGUGUGAGCAUCUUGAUCGGCGCCCCAAAAGCCAACACCAGCCAGCCUGGCAUCAUUGAAGGAGGAGCUGUCUUCUUGUGCUCCUGGAGCCAGACGAACUGCAGCAUUAUCAAUUUUGACACGCAAGGUGAUCAGUAUUUUUAUAUAAACGAUGUGAACACUCAGGUUGAGUUCAAGUCCCGUCAGUGGUUUGGAGCGACCGUGCGUUCCCAUGGCAAUAAUAUCCUGGCUUGUGCUCCCAGGUAUUACUGGAGGACGGAACACGACACUCCCUUUGCCGAUGUUACAGGAACUUGUUACCUCUCCGACAGUCUCAAGUCAUUUGUGGAGUACGCCCCCUGCCGAACAGAAAGACAUGGACCUGCAGGACAGGGUUAUUGUCAAGGAGGAUUUAGUGCCGACUUCACAAAGGACGGCAGGGUUGUGCUUGGUGGACCAGGCAGCUUUUACUGGCAAGGUCAGCUGAUAUCAGCCGUGCCUGAGGAGAUUGUUAAGGCCUACUACCCUUCGUACUUUUUACUGUCGGUUGCCGGGCAGAUUCAAACAGGACAGGUGCAGGGCAGCUACGAUGACAGUUACCUGGGUUACUCUGUGGCUGGCGGCGAGUUCAGUGGGGAUGAUGAGGAAGAUUUCAUCACGGGAGUUCCAAAAGGACUCAUGCUGUAUGGUUUAGUGAGCAUAUUCAAUGGAAGGGAUCUGAAGUCACUGCUCAACGUGACAGGAGAGCAGAUGGGGUCCUACUUUGGCUAUGCAGUCGCAGCCACGGACAUCAACAAUGAUGGGAUGGAUGACCUGCUGGUGGGAGCUCCAAUGUUCAUGCGUCGUGGGUCCAACGGGCAUCUGGAGGAGCUUGGGAAGGUUUAUGUGUACCUCCAGAGAGGACCUUUGCAGCUGGAGCCUACUGUGCAGCACUUACUUGGCCAGCAGCCUUUCAGUCGAUUUGGAACCUCAUUGGCGCCUCUGGGUGAUCUCAACCAGGACGGUUUCAAUGACCUGGCUAUUGGCUGUCCCUAUGGGGGAGAAGACCAACAGGGACUGGUUCUUAUUUACAAUGGUUACUCUGAAGGAUUGAAGGACACGCCUGCUCAGACUCUCGCUGCCUCAUGGGCUUCCAGCUCUUUUCCUGCCAACUUUGGUUUUGCACUGCGAGGCAACACAGAUCUAGAUCUCAAUGGCUACCCAGACCUGAUUGUAGGCGCUUUUGGGGCCGACAAAACUGUGCUGUAUAGGUCUCGACCAAUAGUGAACGCAAGUGUGUCUCUGACGGUCCAGCCGACCAUGUUCAACCAAGAAGAGAAGCUUUGUGAGCUUUCCACAGGCACUGGAACCACAGCCGUGUCCUGUGUCAGCAUUGGUUUCUGUGUGCUGGCUGACGGAAAGCACCUCCCUUCUAGUCUCGGAUUUGUGGUGGAAAUUCAGUUGGACAGAACAAAGCACAACCACAAGGAAUCAGUCAGGAGGACUCUGUUCCUGGAAAGUCAGCAGCCCAGUCUGAUGAGGACCUUGAGCCUCACCAAUGGAGAACGUCUAUGCCAUGACACCAAGGUCUAUCUACGGGCGGAAGAGGAGUUUCGGGAUAAACUCUCCCCGAUAUUCAUUAGCCUGAACUUUAGCCUGGAUCCCCAAGCCCCAGUGGACCAAUAUGGCCUCAGACCUAUCUUGAAUUACCAGACUGAACAGCUAAUAGAGCAGAAGGCCCAGAUCCAACUGGACUGUGGAGAGGACAACAUCUGUGUGCCUGACCUGAAGUUGGAUGUUUACGGUGACAGAACAGAAGUUUACCUGGGUGACGAAAACUCCCUGAGCGUGACCUUCAACGCCAGAAAUGAGGGAGAAGGCGGGGCCUACGAGGCGGAACUUUACGUGCUGCUUCCACCAGAGGCCGACUACAGCGGGAUAGCGCGCAACAAUGCGAGUUUGACUCAGCUAACGUGCAGCUACGAGGCAGAAAACGAGACCCGCUUCCUCAAAUGCGAUCUGGGAAACCCCAUGAAAUCUGGCACCAGUUUUUGGGCCGGUGUCCGAUUCACUGUUCCAAGACUGGAGGACACUCACAACACCGUACAAUUUGAGCUCCAAAUAAGAAGUAAAAAUGCUAAUAACUCAGAGAGUGAAGUGGUGCUCUUCCAGCUGGAGGUAGCUGCAAUGGCUGAUGUCAUCCUGCAGGGUGUUUCUCGGCCAGACAAAGUCUUCUUCCCCCCUCCCAAUUGGAGUGUUCGUCAGAGUCUGGUUAAUGAGCAGGACAUUGGCCCUGAGCUCCAACAGGUCUAUGAGUUGGUUAACAACGGCCCAAGUGUUGUCAGUCAAUCCACAUUAGAGGUGAGAUGCCCGCUCAAGGCUCACGGCCACGACCUGCUCUAUCCAGUGGAGGUGGUCACGGAAGGACCCCUUAGCUGCUCUUCUAAACACACCCUCAAUGCACUGAAACUUAAGCUUCAGCCUCCUGCCGCAAAGAGUCCCUCAUCUCUGCAGUCCACACCGGAACAUCUUAUCCAAAAGAGGGAGGUCAAAGGUCCCUUGGCUGAACAUGGAAACUUGACAUGCUCAACCGUGGAGUGCUGGCGGCUGAAGUGUAACGUUGGGCUGCUGGAGAGAGGAGCCAGUGGUAUACUACGUGUUCACUUCAGACUUUGGGCAGAGACUUUCAUUGAGAGGGCCUACAAGCAGUAUCUUUUGGAGUGCUCGGUUCAGUUCACUGUGGACAAGAUGCCUUAUUCCAUUCUUCCAAAAUCAAAGCCAUCUGGCUUUAAGAAGGUGGUGACGUCUGUCCUGUGGAGCAAGCCUGAUAGCAUUUUCUCUGUUCCCUGGUGGAUCAUCUUUCUGGCGGUUCUGGCUGGGCUACUUUUACUCUCCUUGCUCAUCUAUCUGCUGUACAAGAUGGGCUUCUUCAAAAGGUCAGAUCCAUACGGUACAGCCAUGGAGAAGGCCCAGCUUAAACCCCAGGCGUCCUCAGAAGCCUAGAACCAAAGCGGAGCCUCCAGAGCGGCUGAGACAUUGGAAUAAUAUCACAUUGAUAAGCAUGAAUGAGACUUUUGUCAGGAAUCAUUGAUGGACAUGUUGUAUCACUGGAAUACACACGAUCUGGUGCUGCACUAAAAUAUCAGCCACGAAGAGGAAGAAGAAGAUGCCAUGCAGGUGAGGAUGUAAUGUCAUAAAGAUAUUGCUUAUUUGGAAUCAGAACAUGGUCUACAACCUAAGAGGGAACAACAAAGCCUUUGAGUCAAGAGAUCGAAACCACUUUUAGUUCCCUUUUGGGGCGUGAACAUUUUUUUUAACGAUAAUGUUUCUUGAGUUGUUGCACGGUGAAUGUUAUUCAAAUAUUCAAUACUUAACAGGCGAUUAUUUCAGCCAACUCCAUUUUAGUCUGGGUGUUAACAAAUACAGUGGAACCCGUUUAUGUGCACACCCCUCUGACCGGGUGGCUGAUGUCGACAUAACCCAAAGUAGCCAUUGCUCAAGUUGCACUUUUUUUUUUUUUUUACUUUUGCUAGCAAUAUA